GUUCGGUUUGCUUGUUGCAACACGUGCAAGUUGAAACUGUUUUUUUUUUAAUUGGUGAAUUAAAAGUGAAAUAUUUACAAAAAUAAUGAAAUUAUAUCCAGAAUUAACUAAUUCAAGACCUGAAUUUCGGAUUAUUCCCGAAAAACUGAAUGAGCAUUUACAUGCCUUGGGUGCUCCCCACUUGGAUUCCUUUAAUGAACUUCUUGAAUAUGGUCUCGCCAAUAUCUCAAAACGUAUGACGCCCUGCAGUUUUAUGACACCAGCUGGGGAGAAAAUUGAGUUGUAUAUCCAAGAUAUACAAAUAUCCAAACCACAAGUACCUCUGUCUGUGAUCGACGUAAAGGAACGUAAAAUUUUUCCCACUGAAGCUAGGCAAUUGCAUCAAUCGUAUUGUGGAAUGUGUGCCGUGAAAGUGGGAUGGAAUGUUGAUGGUAUGGAAAAGGCACCAAUAAAUGUAGAAUUGGGCGAAAUUCCCAUUAUGUUAAAAUCGAAUGCCUGCCAUUUGGGCAACCUGAAACCUGAAGAAAUGAUCAAACGCGGCGAACAUGACUCCGAGUGGGGCGGUAUAUUUGUUAUCAAAGGAAAUGAGAAGAUCAUACGCAUGUUACUUAUGAGCCGACGAAAUUAUCCCAUUGCCAUCAAAAGAAGUACGUGGAAAAAUCGGGGUGCCAACUUUAGUGAACUGGGCAUUAUGAUACGCUCUGUGCGUGACGACGAAACCUCAUACAACAAUGUUUUGCAUUACCUGAAUAAUGGCACUUGCAAAUUAAUGUUUUCCAAUUUGAAAUUUAUGGCCUAUGUGCCAGUGUGUUUGAUCAUUAAAUGUUUGGUUGACUAUACAGAUGAGGAGAUCUAUAUGCGUUUGAUACGGGGCUACGAACAUGAUCAAUACUUUUUGAGUUGUGUGCAGCAAAUGUUGCGCGAUGUACAUGCUGAAGGUUUACACACUUCGGGGCAAUGCAAGGAUUAUUUGGGACAAAUCUUUCGUUCACGAUUUCCAGAACUACCAAGUUGGAAAACAAAUGCAGAAGUUACGGAGUUUAUAAUGGAUCAAAGGAUACUCGUACAUUUGGAAACAUCGAAGGAAAAAUUUGAUUUGAUUGUCUUUAUGAUUCAAAAGCUGUAUCAAUGUGUUCAAGGCGAUGCAAAAAUUGAGAAUGUGGAUUCAGUAAUGAUGCAGGAGGUAUUAACAUCAGGAAAUCUCUACCAAAAAUUCCUAGCUGAUCGCAUUGACCUAUGGCUGCAAUAUGCCAAAAAGACAUUGCUUAAAAAACUCAAUACCCCAGAUGCCUUGAUAAGUUCGAAUAUAUUAUCAACGGUAUUGCGUAGUUCCGGUGGUAUAAGUCGUGCCAUGGAAUCUUUUUUGGCCACAGGUAAUGCACCGUCCCGCAGUGGUCUAGGUCUUAUGCAAAGUUCCGGCUUGGUUGUUAUGGCUGAAAAUAUUAAUCGAAUGCGUUAUAUGUCACAUUUUCGCGCUGUUCACAGAGGCUCCUUCUUUACCACAAUGCGAACGACUGAGGCUCGUCAAUUGCUGCCCGAUGCUUGGGGAUUUAUAUGUCCUGUGCACACACCUGAUGGUACACCAUGUGGUUUAUUGAAUCAUUUGACGGUAACUUGCAGAAUUUCCAAAAUUCCUGACAAACAAUUGGUAGAGAAUAUACCAAAAACUCUUGUGGACAUGGGCAUGAUACCGGUUGACUCGGAUUUCAAAGAUCCCGACAGCAAACAGUUUGUUGUAUUUUUGGAGGGCAAGCUUUUAGGUUUUAUUCGCCAGGCGGAUGCUAACAAAAUUGUAGAUAAUUUAAGAAUUUUAAAAAUCAAUGGCCAACUACCAGAAAUGAUGGAAAUCGCUUAUAUACCCUAUAAGAAAAAGGGUCAAUUUCCUGGACUUUUUUUGUUUGUAGGACCAGCAAGGCUAAUGCGUCCAGUUAGAAAUUUGGCUUUAAAUAAAAUUGAGUUUAUUGGCUCCUUGGAGCAGGUAUACAUGGAGAUUGCCAUAGAUGCCAAAGAAGUAUAUCCCAACUUUACCACUCAUAUGGAAUUGUCCAAAACCGAUUUUCUAAGUAAUUUGGCCAACUUAAUUCCCAUGCCUGAUUACAAUCAAUCGCCGCGUAAUAUGUACCAGUGUCAGAUGGGUAAACAAACUAUGGGCACACCCUGCUUAAAUUGGUCAAAACAGGCCGCUAAUAAGCUAUACCGUUUACAAACGCCUGGGGCUCCCUUGUUUAGACCGGUUCAUCAUGACAAUAUACGCCUGGAUGAUUUCGCCAUGGGCACCAAUGCAGUGGUUGCUGUUAUCUCCUAUACAGGCUAUGACAUGGAAGAUGCCAUGAUUAUAAAUAAAUCUGCCCAUGAACGUGGUUUUGCAUAUGGUUCCAUAUACAAAUCAAAAUUUCUGGAAAUGCGAGGUACCAGCUAUUUUGCUCGUAAUCCCAAUGUCCCCGAAUUAAGCAAACUAUUGGAUAAUGAUGGCUUACCACAUCCGGGUACGCAAUUGUGUUAUGGUAAUCCAUUUUAUAGCUACUAUGACACCGAAGAGUCCAUAUACAAAGUGGUAAAAGUAGAUGAAAAGGAAGACUGCAUUGUCGAUAGUGUUCGCUAUUGUGGCAAUUUCAAGCCAAAUGCUCCGCGUAUGGUUUGUGUGACCUUACGAAUUCCUCGUCCCCCCACAAUUGGUGAUAAGUUUGCCUCACGCGCUGGUCAAAAGGGUAUUUGCUCACAAAAAUAUCCGGCCGAAGAUUUGCCUUUCAGCGAAACUGGCCUUAUUCCUGAUAUCGUAUUCAAUCCCCACGGUUUUCCCUCUCGCAUGACAAUUGCCAUGAUGAUCGAAACAAUGGCAGGUAAAAGUGGAGCCUUACAUGGUUUGGUGCACGAUGCCACACCAUUUCGAUUUUCGGAAAAACACACUGCCAUAGAUUACUUUGGCAAAUUGCUAGAAGCUGGUGGCUACAAUUACUAUGGCACAGAGCGUUUGUAUUCUGGGGUAGAUGGUCGAGAAAUGAAGGCUGACAUCUUUUUCGGCAUUGUCCACUAUCAGCGUUUACGUCACAUGGUCUUUGACAAAUGGCAAGUACGUUCCACCGGCCCUGUGGAUGCGAUAACUCAACAACCCAUCAAGGGUCGUAAACGUGGUGGUGGUGUGCGUUUUGGUGAAAUGGAACGCGAUGCUUUGAUAUCCCACGGUGCCGCAUUUCUUUUGCAAGAUCGUCUCUUUCACAAUUCGGACAAAACUCAUUCUUUGGUCUGCAAUAAAUGUGGCAGCAUUUUGGCACCUCUGAAAAAAAUAGUAAAACGUUCACAAAACACUGGCAAAUUGCAAUCAGUGCCGGACACUUGCCGUUUGUGUGGCGAUGGUGCGGGCGUGGGUUAUAUUGAAAUUCCAUACUCAUUCAAGUACUUGGUAACCGAACUGAGUUCGGUUAACAUAAAUGCCAGAUUUAAAUUGAUGGAAAUUUAAAAGUAUGUAAGUAAAUAAUGUAACAAAAAUGCUAUAUUUAAGGACAAAUAAUUAGCUUUAUAAGCAAUAAAAUUAAUAAAAUCGACUUAGAAAAUUU